CCUUGCUGUGUUCUGCAGUGAGUGCCCCGCCCCGGUGGAUCGAUCACAUCACCGCCAUGUCCAAACGUUCGCGAAGCCUCUCGAGGUCGCCAUCUCUGGACCUCGAAUCGUCAAGGUCCCCGACUCCGAAAACCGCAACACCUGAGCCUGACAGUAAGAUCCUCCAUCGGCACCCCGACCCUGUUGCCGAGGUUAUGCAGUGUGCCCUCCCGCCGCACCGCGAGACUCUCUCGUUCUCCUCGUACGAGGACUACGAGGUCCAUUACCGACAGGCCCAUGUCAAUCGCUGCUCUCAAUGCAGUAAAAACUUCCCCACGGGUCAUUUUUUGAAUCUCCAUAUCGAAGAGAAUCAUGACCCACUUGCGUCCGCGCGGCGGGCGCGCGGGGACAAGACUUUUGGCUGUUUCAUUGAAACAUGCGACCGGAAAUGCUCUACUCCUCAAAAACGUAGACUCCAUCUGAUAGACAAACACAUGUUCCCUCGAAGCUAUAACUUCUACAUCAUCAAUGACGGCAUUGACAGACAGACGUCCAUGUUGAGACCCCUGAACAGCCACAGGCGACGCAUCUCCAAUGUGUCUAUCUCAUCGCUUGAGGGGAGAUUGCGGCGCCGCAGCUCGGCAUCUCAAACCCAACCGCCAGUGAUUUCAUCUCAGGCGCCAGGAUCUCAGUCGAAAGCUUCGCUGAAGUCAGAUGAAAUGGAAAUCGACGAUUUGGAAAAGUCCAUGUCAGCACUUCGGUUUGUGCCUGUCAGCGUUACCAGGAAUCGGCCUAAGGCGUCUCACAAUAAAUCCUGA